AUAUUUUCUGGUGUCCUCACUAUUUAAUUUUUGGGUUACAGUCUCACAAAAUUUGUUACUCUAUUUGGCUCUAAUAAUUGAUUGUGAUUUUUUUAUUUUGCUCAUUUUGAUGAUCUGAACUAGAACACUGCCUAAUUUUGAAUGCCUUAGUUGACCCUGUUUUGCUAGUGCAGGAGUAGAAACCGAUCAAUUGAAAACAUUCGGAUAAAAAGGGAAUAUCAUGGCUACUAAGGAGUUAUCGAUGAAGCUCCUGAUUGAUACCAAGGCUCAGAAAGUCUGCUUUGCCGAGGCUGACAAUGAAGUGGUCGAGUUCCUGUCCAGCCUCCUAUGCCUCCCGAUGAGCACCGUCAUCAACCUGCUCACCAAAGAGCGUAUGGUUGGCAGCAUUGGGAAUGUUCUCGAUAGCCUGGAGACGCUUGAUGCCACGUAUGUAUUCUCAACCAAGGGCAAGGAGCCCUACAUCAAGCCAACAAUUUCCCCCGGUAUGCUCUCUCCCUUGCAACAGCUGAUGGGGGAUGCACAGUUAAAUGCCUGUAGCAGAUUCUUCACCUGUGAGGGGAAAAGAUGCUGCUACACAAGCCAUAGUUGUGGGUAUUUUUCAGUUGCUAAAGGCAGCAAAUGCCCAAGUUGCUCCACCGGAAUGAACAAAGCUAUACUGCAUGUCAAAAGUGAGGGGUUUGUGGUCGGGACAGCCACGUAUACAGUCAAGGACGAUCUCUCGAUGAUACCGGCGUCCAGCGUGGCAAGCAUUGCCUUGCUCGCCCAGUGCGGUGUCAAGGACCUGAGCAUGCUGCAAGAAAAAAUGGUGAAGAUUGGCAAGGAAGAGGCGCUAGACAUACUCCUUGCUUCGCUGAAGUCCAAGACCGUCCUGACUGAUGUCUUCCUUCAGACAAGAAAAGCUCGUUGCAAGAAGGAAACUGUUGCUUAG